AAACUGAUAAUUGUAUCGACCCGCCCAUCUCUAUCUUCCAGUCGCACCUCAAUCUGCCGCAAGGUUGCCCCACUCCCACGGAAAAUACAGAAAAAACGCGUUAAAGGGAUGUUCAAAUACUUUCCAAGCGUUUCAACAGCGACUGGAAGCGACAUUGGCCAUCGAGUGGUUGAAGAAGAUGCGCCUUUUGUACUGGCUUGAGGAGGCUGCUGCUGCUGCGUGGGGGAGUGGGUCGGUACAUCCUGUGGCGUUUCCUGUGUUUGUAAACUAGACGCUCUCGGAAAAAAACGUCGGGCGAUCGAAGCUACAAGUUUUAAUGCUAGAUGAGUGAGGUGGGUGUGGCUUCCCACCAGCCUGACCAUCCUGACUGACUGACGGAUCCCUGGAUGACCUUGCCCCCACCCCUGUCCCUGCGCUCACACACACCGUUACCACAGCAAUGUCACAUCUGCCCAGCAGCUCAGUCCGCGACCAUAUGAAAUGGGCGGGUCUGCUAGGCUGUGAAGCUGUGCUGUCCAGCAUGGCCCUGAUGCAGGCCAGCACAAUGGCGGCUCCACCCAAGAAGAUGAUGGCUCCGCUUGGCCACGCACCACCACAGAGGGAGGGACCUGACCGUGCUCCCCAGAGUCACAUGAUCCUCCCAUCUGGCAUGAGCUGUCCACCACUGCUGAUCCGGAAGGAAGGCGACUUCCAAGCACCGCGCCUGCUGGAUGAGAAGGACAUGAGGACCGGCGAGGACAUGCAGCAGAAAAAAAAGAACAGGAAAUCAGUGACGCCCUGUAAAGUGAGAGAACAAGAGGGAAGGGGAGGGAAGGGUGCAGGCGGAGAUGAGAACGGUCCAGCUUCCAAAGUGCAGAAAAACUUUAUUUGUGACCACUGUUACGGCGCAUUUAGGAGCGGCUACCACCUGAAGAGACACAUCCUCAUCCAUACAGGGGAGAAGCCGUAUGCUUGUGCCGUAUGUGACAUGAGGUUUAUUCAGCGUUACCACCUGGAGAGACACAGCCUCAUUCACACGGGGGUGAAGCCGUACGCUUGCUCCAUGUGUGACAUGAGGUUCUUCCAACGUUACCAUCUGGCAAGACACAGCCUCACUCAUACUGGGGUGAAGCCAUACGCUUGCUCCAUGUGUGACAUGAGGUUUUUCCAACGCUACCACUUGGCAAGACACAGCCUCACUCACACCGGGGUGAAGCCAUAUGCUUGCUCCAUGUGUGACAUGAGAUUUUUCCAGAGAUACCACCUGGCGAGACACACACUCACACAUACGGGGGUGAAGCCGUACGCUUGCUCCAUGUGUGACAUGAGGUUCUUCCAACGUUACCAUUUGGCAAGACACAGCCUCACUCAUACUGGGGUAAAGCCGUAUGCUUGCACAAUGUGUGACAUGAGGUUCAUACAACGUUACCAGCUGGAAAGACACAGUCUCACUCACACAGGGGUGAAGCCGUACGCUUGCACCAUGUGUGACAAGAGGUUUUUUCAGCGCUACCACCUGGCAAGACACAGCCUCACUCACAUGGGUGUGAAACCUUAUGCUUGCACCAUGUGUGACAUGAAGUUUUUUCAGCGUUACCACCUGGCAAGACACAGCCUCACUCAUACUGGUGUGAAACCUUAUGCUUGCACCAUAUGCGACAAGAGGUUUUUUCAGCGCUACCACCUGGCGAGACACAGCCUCACUCAUAUGGGUGUGAAACCUUUCGCUUGCACCAUGUGUGACAUGAGGUUUGUUCAGCGCUACCACCUGGCCAGACACAGCCUCACUCAUACUGGUGUGAAACCUUAUGCUUGCACCUUGUGCGACAAGAGGUUUUUUCAGCGUUAUCACCUGGCAAGACACAGUCUCACCCAUAUGGGUGUGAAACCUUUUGCUUGCACCAUGUGUGACAUGAGGUUUGUUCAGCGCUACCACCUGGCCAGACACAGCCUCACUCAUACGGGGGUGAAGCCGUAUGCUUGUUCCAUGUGUGACAUGAGGUUUAUUCAGCGUAACCACCUGGAGAGACACAGCCUCACUCAUACUGGAGAGAAGCCAUUUGCGUGCGACAUGUGUGACAUGAGGUUUAUCCAACGCUACCACCUGGAGAGACACAAGCGUGUGCACAGCGGGGAGAAGCCUUACCAGUGUGAGCGCUGCCAGCAGAACUUUUCAAGGACAGACCGACUGUUGCGGCACCGGCGCCUGUGUCAGGGCCGCGGUGUAGCAAAAGUGGAGAACCAACCGUGUUGCGAACCGCGCCCGUACGGCCAGGAAGCUCCACCCGCCCCCCCGACCUGGAGCCCCAUGCAUCCCCCACCGGGUCGUCUGGCCGUCUGACAUUCCCUGUUAGCCACACCCAUGUGGCCACCAGAGACAGGACCGGCUGGCGGGUCUCGUGCUCGCUCUGUGCUGAGUGGUGCCGCUCUCUAGCACAGACUGACAACGCAGCUCCAGUCUUGGAUCACUAACAACUGCGGGACAUUUCUUAUUUUUGUUUUUCUUUUCCGACUUUACUUGUUUCUUUUCUCCCCUCCAUAUUUUUUUAAUGACAAGAAUUUUCUGUGAUGAAGAGUGUUCCUGUUUUGUACUUAACUCUGUUUUGCGCAAAGAGAAAUGUUUUUAUUGUUCCAGUGCAUCCACACUUGUUGGUACUCCAUCUACAGACGGGGGACAAAGUUGAGGACAUUGAUUUUAUUUUGCCACUUAGGUCCAAAUCUACCAGAUCUUGCUUGCCAUGGCAGCUGUUUCCUGAUAGGGGUCACCAUGGCAACAGUAGCGUGACCGUGACUCUAUUGUUAAAGCCAUCUGCUUGACCAGCGCUCUUUGCCUCUCCACCUUAGAGGUGCACUGUCUGUAAAUAAUGGAACAUGCUAUUCACAGUUGGACUUCAGUGGCGUUUGUAAUUGGCAAAUUUGGCCGAGACUUAGCUUCGAUCUCACAAGCACUGGGUUGUUAAAGAGUAGCAGUAGAGCGCUGUUCACCAGGACUUCCAUGGAGGGGACACAUCCUGAUCAGUCAGGAAGAGGUGCAACGUGACUUCUCUGCGUUACUUGUACAGAUUUCUCAUGUUGGCAUUUUUCUCUGUGUGAGAAUAAGUUUUUUUAGUUCAUUAUUGUGUAUCAGAUGUAUUAACAAAAGACAAGACCGGUUUUAAUGUCACGGUGGGCGCUUUUUUUUUCUCCUGGUGGUGCCGAAACAGGCCAGUCUUUGCCGAUGUGAGGUGGAUAAGGCAUCGCGUAGUAAAGAGACUGGAGGGUUCCAACAGUCCGCUGCAACCAACACUCUCCUACACACUAACCGUUGCCUUUGUAUGCAGAUAUUUUGUGCUUGAUGUGUUUUUAGUGGGGGCGGGCCAUGUCAUAUCACCAGAGAGUGCAGAUACGCAAAUAAUCAUUGUCAUGCUAUAAAAUUGUUCCAGCUUAGUGCAUCCUGCUGCUUUACUUCUCAAACUUGACCCUCAACAUGUACCCUUUGAGUCGCACUAUUAGAAAGCGAUUCGAGUUGUGUGUACAUAUGACCGAUCACUAUAGUGGAAGGAAAUGUAUUUUUAAUGGUGGGAAUGUAAAAAGGUGUAUGUUGCCUCAUUGAUUCCCGGAGUGAACAUACAGUAUAUCGAGUGUAUGUUCAGUACAAUCAACUUGCUUGUAAUAUGAGCGUUGAGGGUCAAGUUUGAGGAAUGCAUUGACACUUCCACCUGUGCACAAAGGAUGCCGCUAGUGUGUAGUGGUACAUUUUAUUAAAAGUAUACGGUGGACACCUUUUUUUGUUACGCUCGACAAGGAUCGCUCAUAUUGUUACCGUGCAAAAGUAUCCAUCACUUGUUUUUAAUGUUGACGUUUAACUUUUCUGUCUGGGGUUUUUUUCCCUCCCCUCCACAAUCUGUACUUUUUUUUUUAUUAUUAUAAAAUUGUAAACACUGGAGAGACGGGGGAGGAAAGACAAAAAGAGAUGGGUACACCCCCCCCCCCCCCCACCCCCAAGACUGUACUCUGUUUUAGACAAAGCCUCUUUCUCCUCAGAGAAGAUGAACUGAACCAUUUGUUGAUCAGUACAGUUGACAGCCCGGUAUGUUUGGACUUUUUUUUAGCCAAAAAAGAUUCCCUGCUAUUUGUAGUCAAUUCUAUUGAUGAUGGUAUUAGGAGAGAGACGGCAUAACGGUAGCUAUCACAGAUUAGUUGUUUUCUUUCUUAGUCUUGCAUGCAGUUAUGGUCCUCAGUUGAAAUAGAAACUUGAUAUUGAUUAUUUUGUGUAGAAAAAAAUGAGUGCAUACAAGUAACUUCCUAAAACUGUUACAAUAAUUAUUGUAAAAUGGGCUAACUAAUAUGUACCCUUGUGAUCCAAUUAGUUUCAACCGUAUACAGUACAAAUCGGGAGGAGAGGCUUCUUACUAUUAUGCUGAAAUAAAAACAUUUGUUAAGGAC